GUGUCAGACUUACCCGCAUGAAAUAUCUAUGAAAAUAAGAUGCACAACACUUACCCUUCCUGAUGCAGCUCUUACUUACUACUUAUAUCUACCACCAGAACGAUGUAACAAAAUUGAUAUUAACAGAAUUCGGAUCGGAGAGAGAGUUAUGGUUAUUGGUUUUGAAGAAGAACUUGAUAGUUUUAACAUAUACGAGAAGAAGGAAAAAAUGAAAUUUAAACAGAUCGUCCACUUUCUCAGUGGAACAAGUUCAAGGUGCCUUAUACUCAAAGCUUUCGAUACUUUAUUUGAGGAUUUGAUUGGUUCUUGGAUAUGGAAAGUUGCAAAACAAUACUGUAUAGACUUAUGGCCAGACAUAGUUUCAAAAAUUGACAAAUUGAUGGAAUCGAAAAUGGACACCGAUUACAUGGUAAUAUUUUCCCUAAGCUUUAUUGAUUUGGAGAAAAUUUGUGCAGAAAAUACAAACAUGUCACUUAAACAAAUUUUAGAAACAUCAGAAUUUGCAACAAAAAUUAAUUAUGGGCAAAUGAAAUUGAGGGUAGAAUCAGUUCUAAUAAAGUCCUUAUUUGACAAGUGCCUCUCAAAGAUCAUUCGUGAAAUACAACAUGUUCUCGUCAAAUCGGACGACAAGGAAGUCACUACUUUGAUACUAGCUGGAAAUAUUGCAAGAUCUGGUCUUUUGAUACAUGCAAUACAAAAAGCAUUUCCAAGCAAACAAAUUGCUGUAUCGGAUGAAGCAAACGAGGUAGCAUUAAAAGGAGCUGUGCUGUUUGGACAACUACCUAUAGUUGUAUCAUCCAUUUUUAGUGGAGCACAAGUAAUGGUUGCCCCCAAAAAAGGACUUACCACUAAAGUGUUAUUAUAGAUUAUAAAUUGUAUAUAAAAUGUUUGUUUGAUAUUAUGUAGACAAUAUUAACCUUGUUCUUGAGUAGAUUGUGUAUGUUUUGGCACUUUAUUUGACA